AUGCAGCUGCACCAGAAACAGCAGGCUGCAGAUUCUACAGAUUACUUUAGUUCUGAUAGGAAUUUAAACCUUUCAACGUGUCUGUGUGGUGUAUUAAACAUUCUCUGUCAUGCCUCCCUUCAGGUCCUCCAACACCACCAUGCGGUCCACGAGAUCUCCUACAUCGCCAAGGACAUCACGGACCACCGAGCCUUCGGCUACGUCUGCGGGAAGGAAGGGAACCACCGCUUCGUGGCGAUCAAGACCGCCCAGUCGGCUGAGCCUGUGAUCCUGGACCUGCGGGACUUGUUCCAGCUCAUCUAUGAGAUAAAGCAGCGAGAGGAGAUGGAGAAGAAGGCCCAGAAGGACAAGCAGUGUGAGCAGGCGGUCUACCAGACAAUACUGGAGGAGGAUCUGGAGGACCCGGUCUACCAGUACAUUGUGUUUGAGGCGGGACACGAGCCCAUCCGCGACCAAUCAGAAGAGAGCAUUUAUCAGGUUCCCACCAGUCAGCAGAAGGAAGGGGUCUAUGACGUCCCAAAGCGACACCCAAACGGACAUCAAAGCCCCCCCCACCACCACCAUCAUCAUCCUCAUCAUUCUCACGAUCAGCCCCUCCAACAAGAACAGCAGCAGCCGGCAGUGGCAGAUCUGAUAGACUUAGGCCUGGAAAUGGUGACUCAGAAUAUCAACCAGUUCGAGAUUUUUGGAGACAUGUCCACACCUCCUGACAUCACCUCUCCAUCGACCCCCGCCUCUCCAGCCAACAUUCUCGACCCCUCGCUGGGCCUGCAGCCUCCCACGGAACUGUAUGCUCCCUUCAAUCCUGCGUCUGUGCCCUCAGGUUAUGUGACGAUGGGAGCCGUACCCCCCGGCCACUGGUCCCAGCAGGCGUUCGCCGCCCAGACGCCGCUGGCCUUCGGGGUCCAGUCUCCUCUUGGUCCGGGCGGCCAGCCUCUCAUCUGGGGCCAGGCCAACAUCUUCCCCGCCACGCAGCAGCAGUGGGCAGCCAUGGCAGCCGGAGCCUUCCCCCCCACAGCCUACCUCCCCGCCCAACCCGUGGGGUUGCCUGCCAUGUUCCAGGCCCUUGCCCCCGUCACGGCGAUGACUCCGGGCAGCGAGAGCCACCCAGGCGCCGGAGCCGGCGCGUCGGCUGCCUCCCCCUCGGCGUCGUCGAGUCCGCAGCACGGGGCGAGGAAGAUGGGCAAGGAGAUGUUCAAGGAUUUCCAGCUGGCAAAGCCUCCAGCCAUGCCGGCGAAGAAGGGCGAGCAGCCCGGCUUAUCGGGAACCUCCGAGGCAUUCAGCAGUUACUUCAGCCGCGUGGGCACCGCGCAGGACACGGACGACUGUGACGACUUUGACAUCUCUCAGAUGAACCUGACACCGGUGACCUCCACGACGCCGUCCACCAACUCACCUCCCACCCCGGCUCCUAGGCAGAGCUCCCCCUCCAAGUCCUCAGCCUCCCACGUCAGUGACCCCCCCACCGACGCCACAGACCCGCCCACAGACGACUCGUUCGGGGAGGCAGAAGGCAGCCCGAGCCGCAGUGGAGAGGAAGACGCUGCGUGUGGUUCUGGGUCACCCUGCCCCAGCGAGACAGCAGAGCCCAGCCCAGACCAGGCCAGUCCAGAGGCUGGGAGCUAGAUAGCAGCAGGGCAGGAAGGGGAAGGACCCUCUCUACGCCCAGAUCAACAAAGGGAAGAAAUGAAGAGACACACAGGAAGACCAGACCAGCACCGAGAGACCAGGAGGAGAACCCUCACCUGUGUGUGUGUGUGUGUGUGUGUGUGUGUGUGUGUGUGUGUGUGUGUGUGUGUGAGAGAGAGUGUGUGUUUGGCACAUCUCCCUGCCUGGCCAUGCCCUUCUUCUUCUCCUCCUCCUCCUUAUCCUCAUCAUCCGGCUAACAACCUCCCAGGAGGAGCCUCAUCGUUCUCCUCCUCCUCCUCCUGCUCCUGAGAGGAGAGAGCCCAUUCUCUCCAGGCAGGAGGGAUAUCAAUCACUGAGACGGAUCCAGUUCUCCCUCCACUGCGCUGUCUCCUCCUCCUCCUCCUCCCUGUGGCGCCUCACACCCAGCCUUACACAGGACAUAACCUGCUCCCUCCUUCCCUCUUCUUCCCUCUUUCCUCCCUCCCUCCGUCUGUGCCACCAAGGAGGGACUGAAUCGAGCAGUGCCUCCCCAUUUCCGACACACACACACACACACACACACACAGACCACGGGAUUAGAAGGACCAUCAACGGACCAGAACCUGUAGCAAUGGAUGGUCUCCCCCCCCCGCAGGAGGAGCUGGACUCUUUUAAACGAGCCUAUCAGGGAUGGCCGGGUACUGGGAUUCGCUGCUUCUGAUUGCGUUUUUUUUCCGGUCGGCCUCGGAUGUUGUCUCCCCAAAUUUCUUGUGAGUGUCUGCUGGAUCACUAUGCAGAAACAGACUCUCUGGGAGCUACUCACACACACACACACACACACAGUCAUCUGUCACCCUCUCUCUCUAAACACACAUACAUGCAGUGAUUUGCCAAAACGUCUCUCGUCGCGGACAGACGGACGGACUCACACGGAGGCCAGAGGACCCGGACAUUAAGGAGUGAAAACGGACCCUGAGAGGGAGGUGUUUGCAAGUCAAAACAGAUUCUGCGAUCGAAACUGUUCAUUCUCUAUAGCUUUUGUACAAUACCGAUUUAAAAAAACAAAACAAAAAAAAUAACAAAAAAUUGAAAAAUUGAAUUUUUAUUUUAUAAGUCAAUCAAGCCGCUGGGGUCAGCUCUAUGGGAGAAAUAGAGUCAACAAGGCUUUAAGGCAUCUGAUCGUUGGUUUGUCAAUCUCAUUUUGUAAAUAAUUAUACCAAGCAUUCUGUCCACUGGACUUCUGCGCCAUAAAAUAGGAAAGCUUCAGUUAUGCAAACUCUUGACGUUAACCCAAGCAAUACCAACAUGUGUUUUCUUUUUUUCCUUUGUGUUGUUGGCCCCCCCCGUUUUUGUUUUUAAAUCUUCGUGCACGGAUGUUGUCGUCUUAACCUCGCCUACUAAUCCUGAUUCCAGCUGCACACCUUUUUUAAUCCCCGCCCCCCCUGACGUUAUCGUGUCCCUAAACAGAUUCUUGAGUUACCGUAAAGCCUCACACCAUCCCCAAAUAGUUUCUGCACCAUGAACAUACAAGUCUCUAUGUCGCGGUCUCACCCCCCCAAAGAGUAGUCUUUCAGACACAGCGAUGCUCCACCCAUCCGUCUGUCUGUUGGUCAGGUGACCUCUGCUACAACGACAUCAGCUGUGAUGCCAUGGCUCCCUAUUUUAUGGCCAGAGGCCCCCCCCCCCCCCCCAUGUCAACUUGACAUUGUUUUCUUUGUUUUUUAUUUUUUUGGACUAUGAUGUUGAUUAACUUAAAAAUCUGAGUAGAAGGUGAGGAAAGACGUUGACUUAAAAAGGGGAACGGUGGCUGUUUGAGUACGUAACAUUUCUAGACCUAUUUUAACUUUACCUCAGCUAACGGUUUCUUAAUGUAAAUUGACACAUUAUUUUUAUCUUUAUGAAUAUGACAUUCUACAGUGGGGUUUCUAGAUAAUCUUUUGGUUCUCUCUUGAUUUUACGUAUUCCACCAUGUAUUACUGUUACAAAUAAACACAUCCCAAAUGACUGAU